AACACGGUCGGAUGCAGUCGUGGUUGAUCCGUUCCAGCACUCGCGUCGAGAUGAACGUGGAUCACUGCGUCGUCGAACGACGCACACUCUUAAACACUAUUAAACGUGGCGUGCGUUAAAAAACUAGUGACACCCUCGACUGUGAUCGUACGCUCGCGUUAUCGUUUGAACACCAUUUAGUUUCGUUCGAGGAAUUUCGUCAGGUUUCAGAAGGAUUGUCCAUCGUGCUGUAAUUUGCGCCGGACGUUCCACAGCCGGAGCCGAUUUGUCCACUCCGUAUCCAGAUCGACUGACGGGGAGUCCUCCGAACCCUUGUGCUGCUCCCGCGAGUUCCCCCCCUUCCCUCCGUCUCGCGUGAUCCAGAAGGUCACGCACUCCGCUCCCCUUGGGGAGCGUACCUUGAAAAACGCAUUCGAAUGCACGCACGCACGCAUGCAUCACGGCCGGCGCAUCGCACCAUCAUCAUCACCGCGCAGCGAAGUCAGUGAGUCAGUGAACCGUCCUCAGUGGUGGCGGUGGCGGCAGCAGUUCGGCUCGGUACGCCGGUGCUUACUUAACGUGUUGCGGUAGAAAGUCGACGAUAGUCGACGAUAGUCGACGACACCGGAUCGACCGGGUUAGAUUGGCGCGAUCGUACGGUACCUAAUCGCCGCCGACGGGAAUUCGGGAUCGCCGCGACCCAUCGCCGGGGAUCCUUCGCUCACUCGUGAGCGAUCUGUGCGCUGACUGUUCCGAUCCAUGGAUCUCACGAGCCGCGCGAUCGACGAAGCGGCCGACGAUCCCGCGAAGUUACUGAUCAUCGAUCCGAUCGUGGGAAACGAUCAGCGGCGAGCAGCACCUGAUCGAUUGACAGACAUUUAGUGCGCGUAGGACACUUAUUUUUUCCCCCUUUUUUUUUCUUUUCCUUUGCUCUUGAAUCGGAUCUCUUCGCACCGAAAGCAAGGAUGGACGGCCUCAUUGAGAUUUUUCUCUUUUGCGGAGUACUCUGCUACUUCUUUAAUCUCAGACCCAAUAAAAUGGUGGACGUAUUGUCAACGCGUCUGCAGGAAGUGUACGCCAAGUGGGAAACCAGGACGGAAGUGACACGAAAUGCAGAGCCGACCACUCGAUUUUCACUAGAUGGUCUUCGGCGAGCCGGGUUGCAGACCCAUCGAAGGAAGUUCCAGGAGCGGGAGACAUCGCGCAAGGUACGCGACAACUCGUUGUACAGCAUCAAGGAGACCGAGCCGCUGACGCCCUCGAUCAGACACAAGCCCUCGUUCAUGAAUUACUGCUGCAGCACCUGUACACCCGCUUCCAGGGAUACCUUGGUAAAAUCCGUGCUUAAGCAGCAGCAACCGUAUGGUGUAAACUUACUGCUAGUAAAGCCAGGCUCAACGCUUUUUUCAAAAGUAUUCGACCGUUUGUCUUAUGUUUGGAACUUGAAGAGAUUUGACUAUCCGAUGGUCACGAAAACAGUCCUGAACGAUGAGAAAUUAAAAGACGCUAUCAAGUUAACUGCGUGGGACAUGGUCAAUAAUGAGGGUUCCAGCGAGGAGAACGCACUCGCAAAGGCGACAGCCAAGGCCAAGAACAUACUGCUACAAAUGGAAAGUCGAUGCAGCGAUACCCUCCUCAAGAUAGUCGCCUGGCUAGUACUCACUCUGUUGCCUUGUUUCACACAAUCCGUUGUCGUGUUACCCUCUCAAGUGGAGCUGCUGAAACAAGCAGAUAAUACAGGUUUGCCGCUUGUGCUGGUGCCUCUACAUCGCAGUCACUUGGACUACAUAAUACUUAGCUUUCUCAUGGUCGCGAAUAGUAUAAGGAAUCCGUUGAUCGCAGCGGGAGACAAUUUAAAAAUUCCAUUUUUUGGAUGGCUUUUAAGAGGUUUGGGUGCUUUCUUCAUUAAACGUCGUAUCGACCCAGUGGCAGGACGCAAAGAUCUUCUUUACCGUGCGACUCUUCAAACUUACAUCAUGGAAAAUCUUCGGGCCGGACAUUACAUGGAAUUCUUUGUGGAAGGUGGUCGCACAAGAACCGGCAAACCUUGCUUGCCGAAGAGCGGUAUCUUGAGCGUCAUUAUCGACGCGUAUAUAGAUGGCACUAUCGAAGACGCGUACGUAAUGCCUAUAGCGAUCAACUAUGAACGACUAGUGGACGGAAAUUUCAUUCGAGAACAGUUGGGACAGCCAAAGCAGAUGGAGACCUUCACGUCAACGAUCAAAGCCAUGUGGUCAACAUUGAUGGGCCAUUACGGUAUCGUCAAAGUCGAUUUAUGUCAACCAUUUUCCCUCAGGGAAAUGAUAAAGGCUUUCCAAACUCAGCAGAAUAAAUUGGCUAUAAAAUCUCCACCGGAACGACCUUUAAAAUACACUUCAUCGAAUACGUCUCUUUACGGUACAGACGUAGUUGUGGAGGAACAACGUCAAUUGGUGGACAGCAUUGCUCGACAUAUUGUGUAUGACUCAUCCCAAUCUAUGCCGAUUAUGUCAACCAAUAUUGUUGCGUUUCUAUUAUUAAACAAGUUCAGAGAUGGUUGUACAUUGGACAAACUAGUCGAAGCGUUUGAUGCGAUGAGGCAGGAAUUGGAGUUUGGUGACAAAAAUACAGCAUUCUGCGGAGAGACUGUUGAUAUCAUUAAACAUGCGCUGGAUAUCUUGGGACCAGGCUUGGUGACGCAACAACGGCAGGAAAUCACCGAAGCUGUUGACGGUGAUCAGUCCUAUAAAUCGAACGUCGUCAUAGCAAUCCGUCCUGUGUCGAUUUUACCAAAUGUGAUCGAGCUGUCAUAUUACAGCAACACUAUGCUGCUGUACUAUGUUAUGGACAGUAUAGUAGUAACUGCUUUGUACGCUGAAUUGCAGUCCCAACUUAACGAUCCGAUCGCGAUCGCCAAUAACAAUAUUACAGUGUUCCAAAAUUAUUGGCUCGAACGAGCGCUGAAGUUGUGCGACAUUCUUAGGUACGAAUUCAUUCUCUGUAGGCCUUGUCAGGAACUGAAAGACGUAGUUAUCGAAACGAUACAGAAUCUCUCGCACAAGGGCAUUAUCACUCAGAAACAGGAGGUUUACCUAGAGGACGAACUCUGGAGCAAAAGGUACGCGAGAAAUUUUGAUGAUAGUUCGGACGAAGAAUACACAAGAGAGCGGGAAAUUCAGAAGAUUGAAUAUAAAUUGAGCCUAUUGCCUGAGCAUUCUAAUCAUAUGGAAUUUCUACAUACAAUAUUACGCCCAUUAAUUGAUACAUACACAUGUAGUGCUUUCAAUUUGAGGAAAUUGGUUGACCGAUCAAUCAACGAACGAGAAUUAGUUCAAGAAGUAUUGUGUGAAAUCAAAACUAAAGUGGAUGGAGGCGAAAUUAGUUAUGGAGAGAGCUUAUGCGUCGAUCCGAUAAAGAAUUCCUUUAGGCUUUUCGAAAAAUGGGGUGUUUUGGAGAGCCACAUGCAAGAGAAAGUUAAAAUUUUUUAUUUGAAAGAUAAUUUCAACAUGGAAGCAGCAACAAAAAAUGUAUACGAUACCAUAGCAGUUUUCAAGUGGAUUAGAAACAUGGACUAAAAUGUGUGAUGAUACUUUCUACUUCAGUUAAAAAGAGUCUUUGAAUCACUAUUUUUUUAUAUCUUUUAUAAGAU